AUAUUAAAAAUAUCAUUUAAAAAAUAACAAUAAAUUAGUACUAAUAAUAAUUCGAAAUUCCAAUAUAUCUAUACUCUAUAGUAGUCCUCUUCAUCCAUUGUUCACUCGCUCAGUUUUCACUUCCCCAAUGGAUCAUCGGAAACUCUUCGCUAUUCUCCUCUUCGCCGCCGUGGCAACCGCCGCGGCAGCCAACCGAAUCGACGCCGAGGACCAUGACGACGCUCUGAUUCGUCAGGUAGUGGACCACGUCCACGACGACCACUUGUUGAACGCGGAGCGCCACUUCACGACGUUCAAGGCGAAGUUCGGGAAGAGCUACGCGACGAGAGAGGAGCAUGACUACCGCUUCGGCGUCUUCAAGUCUAACCUCCGGCGGGCGAAGGUGCACGCGAAGCUCGAUCCCUCCGCUGAACACGGCGUCACGAAAUUCUCCGAUCUGACUCCGGCUGAGUUCCGCCGGCAGUUCCUCGGCGUUAAGGCUCUCCGUCUUCCUGCUGACGCUCAGAAGGCUCCCAUCCUCCCGACGCGCGACCUCCCUGACGACUUCGAUUGGCGCGAUAAAGGUGCCGUCACUCCCGUCAAGGACCAGGGUGCGUGUGGUUCAUGUUGGGCUUUCAGCGCCACUGGAGCAUUGGAAGGAUCUCACUAUCUGACCACUGGUAAGCUAGUGAGCAUUAGUGAGCAACAGCUUGUGGAUUGUGAUCAUGUGUGUGAUCCAGAAGAAUAUAAUUCGUGUGACUCAGGCUGCAAUGGUGGGUUGAUGAACAAUGCAUUCGAGUACAUACUACAGUCAGGGGGGGUGAUGCGAGAAAAGGACUAUCCAUACACCGGAAGAGAUGGCACCUGCAAAUUUGACAAGAGUAAAAUUGCAGCUUCUGUUGCUAAUUUCAGUGUGGUUUCCCUUGAUGAAGACCAAAUUGCUGCAAAUCUAGUGAUGAAUGGUCCUCUUGCAGUUGCUAUAAAUGCAGUGUAUAUGCAGACAUAUGUAGGUGGUGUCUCAUGCCCAUACAUCUGUGGGAAGAAUUUAGAUCAUGGGGUUCUUCUGGUGGGUUAUGGUAAAGCCGGAUACGCUCCGAUUCGGUUCAAGAACAAGGCUUACUGGAUCAUAAAGAAUUCAUGGGGAGAGAGCUGGGGAGAGAAUGGAUAUUACAAGAUCUGCAGGGGUCGGAAUGUAUGUGGAGUGGAUUCCAUGGUCUCAACUGUAGCUGCUGCUCAUACAUCAUCUAGCCAUUUAAUAUACAAGGAUGCUUUGUUAAUUUGCAGUUAUGUCAUGUGACAUUAAGCUAUUGGUGUCUAUGUAAAUAUUAAUUAUAAUCUGCUUGUAAAAUUGUCUCCACAUAAGAUCAGGAAACUGCUAUGAUCAUGUUGUUUAUGUAGAAAGUAAUUAUACAUAUAUGCUUGUUAGUUAGUCCAAUGCUGUUAUCCAAAGUUAUGGGAACUUGGCAACUUAUUGAUUUGGAAAA